AUGAGCCUCUUCCUGCAGCAUUCCUCAGCUGUGGAACUUCCCAAAAUUGAGGCUGUUGUUUUGUUUGGAGAACCAGUCAGAUGGGAGACGAAUCUUCAGCUGAUAAUAGAUGUUCUGCUGACCGGUGGCUGUCCUGGAAAACCACAUCAUCAAGCCAGUUACCCACAUAUACCUGUGCUUGCUUGUAAUAUGGAUCUGAUGUGGGUGGCUGAAGCACAGUCUCCAAGAUUUGGACAUGGAACAUUUAUGGUUUGUUUGGAAAAUAUUUACAAGAAGAUCACUGGCAAAGAACUGAAAUAUGAGGCCUUGAUGGGCAAGCCUAGUGAACUGACUUAUCACUAUGCAGAGUACCUUAUUAGAAUGCAGGCUGCACAAAGACACUGGAAGAAGCCUAUUCAAACUCUUUAUGCAAUUGGGGACAACCUAAUGACAGAUAUCUAUGGUGCUAACCUUUAUAAUCGUUACCUUGAAGAGAAGAAUUCCAGAAAAGGUUCCAUAGGACGUAUCCAGGCCAAAGUUGCUGCUGGGAUCAGGUCUGCCACUAUUUCUCAGGAUGAUGAAAUAGACCACACUUGGCAAAAUGAACUAGCACCUGCUGCUGCCACCAAUUGUAGGUCAGUUCUUGUUUGUACUGGGGUUUACAAUCCUCACACAAAGGUGCCCUCUGAUACCAGGGAGAGUAUAACUGAGACUGUAUUUCAUGGUCACAGAGAUUUUAGAUUUGAUCCUGCUUUGGUAGAGCCAGACCAUAUUGUACCAGAUGUUGAUGCUGCUGUAGAUCUCAUCUACCAACUGGAGAAUUUUGCACCUAAUCAAUAUACUAGAACUUUUUAAGGAUUACCUAGUGCUCCUCAUCCAAAACCACAACAGGGUUUACAGCAUAAUACAAAAUGUUGUUUUCUAACAUGUUUAACCCUUUAACCUAAAUGUUUUAAAACACUUUUCUGAACUGGUGUCUCUUACAAGGGACUGCAGAAGUGGCCUUGUUCACUCUAAUUACCUCCUGGUUGUAAUGUUAUGAAGAAACUAGAAUUUCUAUGUAUUUUAAAAUGUAUUAAUCAUGUUUCUAAUGUUUCUUUUUCAGUUGUAUUUAACUGCAAAUAAUGCAGUUGGUACCAGAGAGAUGCAACAGUGCAAAGAAUGCAUAAUAUUUUACUUGAAAUUUCAAACUAGUGUAGUCACUAGUGUACCUUAGAUUUCAUAUGCAUCUGAGUUUGUCAUAUGUCAUCUUUCUGUCUGUCUCUAUCUUUGUCUUAACACGUAACUGUUCCCAUGGCUCCUUUUUUUAAAAACAGUGGUUUAAUUUAUUAAGUCUGUUACUAUUUUUAUAAAACAUUUUAACUGUUUUAAUACAAAGAUUGUUGUCUGAAAUAUUAUUUAUAGUUUGCUCUAGUUAUCACAAUUUAGAUAUACUUGCAAAGCAUGCUCUUACAUGUCAUGUGCUGCAUGAGCAAAAUAACCAAACUAACUAGCAAGUUUUAGACCACGGAUAUAGAAAUAUCAGUUAAUUGUAGGAUGUGCAAAUUCUCUUGCAAUUUCAUAUGCAGAAUGAGCGCUGGACUGGAAUCUUUUUUUUUUUUUUUUUAUAAAACUCAGAGGGGUAGCCGUGUUAGUCUGAAUCUGCAUAAACAACGAGGAGUCCUGUGGCACCUUAUAGUCUAACAGAUUUAUUGGAGCAUAAGCUUUCGUGGGAAAAGACCCACUUUGUCAGAUGCAUGACUUCUUUUUUUUUUUAUAGAUGAAGAUCCUAGGAUCUGUAAGUGUGGUUUAGUGGGUGUUUUUAAAUGCAGAUGACACAUUAGGUCUGCUCACCUUAAAUAGGAACCUAAAUACUAACAGUGUUCAAUGAAAAGACCUUCUGGCCAACUUUUUUUUUUUUCCCCCACAUCUUCAUUUAAGUUAGCAACAUGAAAUUGAGGGAGGUGUUAAGUCAUUGAGUGAUGGGAAAAGAAGAUAUCCGUCUUUUCAAGCAGUGUUUUCAUUACUCUUUCCAGAUUUUUUUUAAUCCUUUCUCUACCAUUGGCAUUGAUGAAAGUCACUCCUAAUGUUGCCAUAAAUAAAUGCCAAUAAAUGUUAACAGAAUGUAGUCUUCCAGGUUUAAUUGCAUUGAUUUGAGUGGAGUAGUCCUCCUGCUUCUCAACUGGAAAAAGAAUAGCAGCAAUAUUGUGCUUAUGGCUUGUCUUUACUGGUUCUUUUUGUUGUGACCAAUGGCAUAUUCCUAUUUCCUUAGCAAGCUGUGUCAUCUAAGUGUACAGCAUGCUUAUACAUAAAGACUAAUGCCAGAAUUAUGCUAAAGCUCUGCCACAUUUUAGUAUUUGAAGCACACUGCAGAAUUCUUCAACACCUAAUGAAGAAAAGUGGCUUCAGCAUACAUCAUGGAGAAAUGUAUGGCGGUUGAUGAAGAACACCAGAAAAUUGUGUGUGUGUGUGUGUGUGUGUGUGUGUGUGUGUGUGUGUGAAAUUUUCACAUGUUUAAGAAGACUUCACUCCUUCAGAAGUUCUUUCAGUACUUAGUCUGAUGUACAGCUUAUGCAAGACCAAUGUAGGCAGCUUGUUCAAAUAAAACACUUCAGCUAUUUGGAAACCAUUUAGUCAUAUUAGAGAUUUAGCAAAAUACUUAGCACAGUACACUUGCUAACAAAACUUUCUAUUACUUGUUGAAGUCAAUUAAGCUUUAACUGGAAAUAAAUAAUUUAAUAGCAUUGAAGUUUCUUAGCUGUUUACAUGUCUGAGAGGUCUUAUUUGUUCAUUUUGUUAAGAUCUGUUUUUAACUUAAAGCAUACAAAAGCGAUAUGCUAACAAAAAAUAUAACCCUUUGACUUCUGGGGCUUCUGUUUUGGGGUAGGUGAAGAAUGCAAACUUGUGUGACAGAAGUGUUGUACAAGUAAUAAAUGCCACCUAAAUGCUGUGACAGCCUUUACCAAUUUACUACAGUUCGGCAGUGUCCCAAGUACUGUAAAUUAAACUAAAAUAUGGUGAUGCCAUGUUUAGGAAUCAGAUAAGUAAAAUCAAGAUGCAGAAAUCCCCAAAGGAAAUAUCCAAAUGGGACUUCACGGUGGGAGAGGGCUUUAAUUUACAAAUCUGCAUGGUAACUACAUGCAAUGGAGCACUGUGGAGUCAAAGGUAAUAUUACACUAGACAUAGGAAAAGACCAGGGACAUGAGUUCAACCAUUUCUAGACACUUCCAAGGCAAACACUAAAACUGACAUUUUAUAGAUGCUGGGGUUUGAAAGAUGCUUUUUCCUUAUUCUGCCCCAUUAUCUCUUUUUGGUAUCUUCUUUCACCUGUGUCGGGUUCCUACACUUGUCACGCUGGAUUGGCAGUGUUUACCAGAAACCCUAUAUAAGCAUAAUACUGUGCAGGUACAGUAGAAUUAGCAGAUUUAAAAUUUAGUAAUACAACAACUAGAAGACGGUUGGUGUUUGAGUUCCCAGAAAAUAGAAGGUAUCAGAGGGGUAGCUGUGUUAGUCUGAAUCUGCAAAAGCUACAUGCAUCUGAUGAAGUGGGUCUUUGCCCAUGAAAGCUUAUGCUCCAGCACUUCAGUUAGUCUAAGGUGCCACAGGGCUUCUUGCUGCUUUCGCAGAAAAUAGAACUUGCUUCUCACUUCUCUGAAUGUUUUAUUUUUCAUUUUUGUACUUUUUGAAAGUGUCUCCUGUACUCAUUUUUACUGAAAUAAAACUGAUAGUAUUGUUAAUCCCAAA